CUUCACACAACUAUCGCUGUUUCCUGAACGCCUAGUCCUUUAACUUAAAUAAAAGUUUUAUUUUAAUGAAAAUAAAUUAAUUAUUUAAGUAUUUUCUUACUAAGGCGAUUCAAAUAAAAAUAGUAAACAGAUAGUAGGAAAUAAAACCAAAAUGAAUACUUUCCUAUAUUUUUUUGUAAUUUUAAUUAGUAGUAUAAACGCUUUGCCGGCUGGGGAGGGUUAUUAUAAUUUCUUUAAUUAUUUGUACGAUGAGUUUGGAGAAAACAGCAUCGAUGGGGUUGAAACCAUUGAUAUAUCGAACUUGGGACCUGAGGCAUACGGACUACCGAAGAAUGAAAGUGGUGAUGCCUUAUCUCAAUGGUCAGAAUCAUCGCUCAUGAACCCCGAGGAGGUCGGAGACUACGCAGAGGGUGACAUCUUGAUGCCUCCUCAGCAAGGCAGGAACGGAGUGAGGGAGGAAGUGCUACGCUGGCCUCAAGGACAUAUCCCUUAUGUUAUCGAAGGAUACUUCAACUCGGAGCAGCGUGAAACUAUAAUGAGGGCGAUAGCGGACUACCACAGACUGACGUGCUUACGGUUUGUGCCCUACAACGGACAGAAGGACUACAUCACUAUUCAGAGCAAAAAUACUGGAUGCUGGUCCAGUGUCGGACGCAUUGGUGGUCGUCAAGAGGUAAACCUGCAGUCUCCUGGAUGUGUCUCCAAGAAAGGCACAGUGCUGCACGAGCUGCUGCAUGCCAUCGGGUUCAUGCACGAGCAGAGCAGGCCUGAACGUGAUGACUUCGUUAGGGUGCGGUACAAUAACAUCAAACCUGGUGCUGAGAGCAACUUCAGGAAGUCGACUGUGAGGCAAACCAAUGACUUCAACGUGCCCUACGACUACAACAGCGUGAUGCACUACUCCGAGUAUGCCUUCUCUAAGAACCAACAGAAGACCAUCGAACCCAAGGUUGGAGGUGUAAAACUGGGCCAACGCGAGGGUCUUAGCCGCGGAGACGUCAAGAAAAUAAACAACAUGUACAACUGCAAGAAAGAGUAUAUGCCGUGGUCACCAAACAGACCCCAUACACCAUACAGACCCUAUAGGCCAUACAGACCUUAUAGACCAAACAGACCGUACAAUAGCUUCUACGUCCCACCUGUUAUGUCAUUUUUCCCAUGGAGCCCCAGUCUGGUUGGCUAGGAGGAGUGUUCCAAAACCUAUUUGGAGCGAAAACCCGUUAAUUUAUGAUUGUUUUAAUGUUAUGAUUAAUUUAUAAAUAACACUACAAUAACUGUAUUGAAUUCGCAAAGAUCUGAUAGAUAUGUAAGUUUUCUAGUCUUUACGUUUGUAUGAAAUAAAGCGUUGUAAUAAU